GUGGAGAGACUAUACACGUUGUGGGGUACCCAUACCAGGAGAGAGGAUUAUUGUGUUUAAGACACCUUUGUCACAUGAAUUUGACAGCAAAAGUGAUCAAGACAAGAAAAUCAAACCACAUGAAAGGUUUACACCAAUGGAUCUUGAGAAUCACGUCAGCCAAAAAAAUAUAAAACUUAAAAUGGUUGUGGACCUCACCAACACUAACGCUGACACAUACUAUAAUCCCAAGGAGCUCUGUGACCAUGGGAUACCUCAUCGCAAGAUCAAAUGUGUUGGAAAACAAAUUCCAGAUGAAAAUGUGGUAGAAAGGUUUAAGACUGCUGUCUGCACUUUUAUGAAAGAGAACAGUAACUCAGAUUCUGUUGUUGGGGUUCAUUGUACUCACGGCGUAAACAGAAGUGGUUACGUAGUUUGUAGAUAUCUUAUUGAAUGCAAAGGAUACACCCCUCAAGAUGCAAUCAAAGCUUUCAAUAAAACUAGAGGACAUCAUAUGGAGUAUACAGAUCACUUGGAGGAUCUUCUCGAAAAAAAAGCCAGGCUCGAUUUCCCAUCUUACGUUUGUAUUGGGGAUAACCGAAAAUGGGACGAAAUUCCAUUUGAAGAGGACAAAACAAACUGGAGAUCUAACAACAUCAGGGGAAAUACGAAAGGUAACGACUUUAGAUCACGUUAUCACGAUCAACAUGUGGAUCGUUAUCAACCACCCACAGGCAACCCAGCCCAGUGUAGACAUUACUUGUAAAGGAGGUUUAGAAGCGAAUGACACAGGGAAGAUAAUCAUGGUAAUUAUAGUCGCCACGAUAAUUAUGAAAGAACUUGUCAUAAUCCUGAACGUGAUCAUCAUAAUUAUUCCGAAAAAACUAUUAUAAUUACCGUGAUGGUUAUUAUUAUUCCAGUAUUAUAGGGCUGUGUCUCACAAGGACUGGGAACUACCGAAUUCACGAAUUUGAUUAGCUGAAAUCAAUA